AUGGAUACUGUUGAUGCUAAGAUGGAGACUGUCGAUACUGAGAUAGAGACUUUUGACAUGUUUAGAAAUGAUCCAGCACAUUUUGUUAAGUUGAAACAUUUAACACCGGAAACUAGAAAUUUAAUAUUAGAACUAGGUCCUUGUCAACCAUUAUCAAGUGAUCUUCCAGGAAAGAGUUUUCCUAAAGAUGUUACUAAAGAAAACAGAAGCUUUAAAGAAAUAUAUUAUUACCGGAUUCUUCCUGACAAAACCAAAUGUCUCCGUGAUUGGCUGUCAUAUUCUCCAAGCACAAACAAAAUAUAUUGCAUGCAUUGUUUUUUAUUUGGGACAAAUCUACACAGAAAUCUGGAGAAAUCGUGGACAAAAAAUGGAUUUGACUCAUGGAAAAAUUUGUCAUCCGGAAUAGAGUAUCAUGAACUUACAAAUGAUCACGUAAAUGCCACAUUAAAUUUGGAAUACCAGCGUAAAAUUGAAAUCGCAAUGAAUCGACAAGUUGUAAAUGAGAUUAUAGACAUCGUUUUAUACUUAGCAAGACACAAUCUAGCUUUUCGAGGUCAUAGAGAUAACUGGUCAGAUAUUUCCGCUCAAAUUCAACAAGCAGUUGUUCAAUCAAAUAUGUUUAGUAUAUCCAUUGAUUCAACUUUCGAUGCUUCACGUCGCGAACAAGUAUCAUUUGUUGUUAGAUUUGUUGACGAUAAAUUUGGGUUAGUUCACGAAAAAGUCAUUGCUAUUAAAGAGUCACCUGUUACAACUGGAAAAGACUUGUACAGCUUAUUUGUUGCUAUUAUGGAAAAAGAAAAACUUAAUUGGAAAGAUUGCCUUAUUGGUCAGUCUUACGAUGGUGCUUCAAACAUGCGAGGAAAUUACAAAGGCUUACAAGCACAUAUAAAAAGAGAAUGUCCACAAGCUUUGUAUGUAUGGUGUCAUGCCCACCGACUAGCCUUAGUAGUCAAACAAGCUGUAUCCUGUGACUCAAAUUCAAGAUACUUAUUUGGAAACUUAGAAAGUCUAUAUGUCUUAUUAUGGUGUUCCAAAAAAAGAGCAGCGACAUUUAGAGAAACUCAAAAAAAAACACUGACUUAA